UGCUCAUUGGUCUAAAGUUGCCCGUUGUAUGCACGGGGUUCUGUUGUGUGUCGUGCUUUUGUGCUGUUUCUACCAACGAAUGUUGGAGAAAACAAGUCUGGAAUUUAUUCAGCGCUCGAAGAAAUGAGGCCUCUCAAUCGGGACUUCUCUUUGUCACUGGAAGCUCUAAAAUGCCAGGACAAAUGUAGUGUGUGACGUGAAUUUGUGAUGCGGUGGUUGCCAUGUUAGUGUCACCUGCAGUGCUGCGGUUGAGGCCGCAUCAGACAAGGAUUGUUUUCCGAUGUAUAUCCACGUUGUUGUGACUAUGGAGAGUUAGACACUGUUUGGUUACUGUCGCCAAAGUAUGUCUUGCUGCGGCGCAAGGAUCCUUGUCUUGGCGAUUUGCAUCAUUCAACUGAUCGCUACAUUCCAACGCCAAGUCUUCGACUUCCUGGGGUACAUGUGGGCGCCGAUCCUGGCGAACUUUUUCCAGAUCAUAUUCGUCAUCUUCGGUUUCUUCGGAACGUACCACUACCGGCCAAGAUACGUUGUUGCCUACAUCAUCUGGACUCUCUUGUGGAUUGGAUGGAACCUUUUUGUCAUCUGCAUUUACAUGGAAAUCGGCGCCCUGAACAGGGACUCCAGCAUUCUGAAUAUGGGCACUGGAAGCCGGAGUUGGUGGGAGGCAAAUGGCUUUGGUUGCGUGGCCAUCUUCAACUACAGCUCUUCCGAUGACAUCUUGGCUGUCACCAGGCCUGUAUCGGUGACGGGAUGCCUACUUGCAUACUACCAUGUUGAGUGCAUUCAAGCUGGGGUGCAGUGCCUGCUAGCGUUUGUGGGAUUUGUUGGAGGCUGCUACCUGAUCUACCUUUAUACUCAGGAAGAUGACUCAUUUGCACCCAGAAGAAGAAACAGCAAAAGAAAACCACUGAACAGCCUGCCUUAUAGCAUCGAGUUCCGUACCGACCCUCCUGCCACAGAUGGUGGCGGUCCCUCCAUGGGCUCGGGAUUGGGCCGCGCACCCAUGACCCCCCGCCGAGUGAAGCGACGAUCAACGCGGUCCAAGCGGUCGACCGGCCAGGCACAGUACCAGAAUCCCGUGACACGUCUGCUCGAUCGGUCUCUAGACACGUCAAGCAAUGACAGCUAUGCCCACUUUGGCGGUCAGUGCAACCCAGUUUACCUGGGGUCCCGCACCAGCCUCCACUCGCUGUAUGGAAAGGCCAACCCCAACCUCAGCGGGCCUCUUCGAACAACCCACCAGCAUGAUGCAGCCACGGGGCUGCCUUCUACAAGGCACUCUACAAGGGGGCGCCACCAGCCCUAUGUGGACAGCUCUGAGACAAUGAUAUGAGUUUUGAACAGUAUGUGCACAUUGUACGAGCAAAGAAGUGUAUGCAUGUAGAGUUGUGCUCUCUACUGAGAGCCUAACUUGGUUCCUUUCUGCUCGGUCUUUGGGUCGCAGUGCUUGAUCACUCCUACAACCUUUCAUAUGCACAUUGGCAAGCAAUAUAAAAUUAAUAUCUAGAUAUUGAUAUGUAGGAUAGAGCAUUCAGGCUUCAACUUGUAACCUGAAGGUCAGCAGAAGAUAGGAUAUCCUAGGCUUACACAUAGUGAUUGCUUGAAGAUAAUUAGUAAGCCUUAAAUUUGUGAUGGAAUCGGGUUUUGGACCUCAUAGUGCUCACUAGUGUGCAGUCCUUGUUCUCAUGUGUGUUUGUUUGGGUUUGUAAGUCGUACUUCACUGAAAUGCAGCUCUUAGUACUGUUGCUAUGCUGCUAGAAUGCCUUUCAGAGAGCGAAAUGUUGUUGCAAAUCAGCUAUGCUGUGCUCACAUUGGAUAAAAUUCUCCCCGAGUUGAAGUUAUGUCAGCAGGAGCAAAAAUAUAGAUCAGAAUGUUUUUGUUUUAACCAUUUAUUGCCAUAAACAUCUGCCUACUGUGCAGCCAUAUUUAUCAGAAACAUUUCAUGCAUUCUGCACACUGCAAUGAGACGUCCCAGAGCACAAACGUGUCCUACCAUGAAACAUAAUAUUUUCUUUUCUUUUUCCUGCUGUAUUUCUUAUAGUAGCAAAGUCUUGACUCUGUCAUACGUUUCAUUCUGAUUUCUACAAAUAGCACACUGCUUUCUAACUAUGCUCAGCAUUCUCAUGUGUAAACUGUGCAGUGUCAUUUACUCUCUUUUGCAUAAUUGGACUUUUGGUCAAGCCUUUGCAGGUCGUUUGGAAGUACCGUAUUUACUUGCAUAAUGAUUACACUCGUGUAAUGAUCGCACCCCUGAAUUUUGUCGCCAAAAUUCGAUUUUCUUCCUUUCCCCUGUAACGAUCGCACCCCAAACUUGCCACAGCGAUAUUUCGUGUGCCACGUCUAGCUAAUUAUGAUCGCGCUUACCAUCUGUCCAAUGCUAUGCGAACGACUUCCAAGACAUACCAAGUGGUCUGCACGCACCGAACAUUCUUAAGCAGGUGCCCCAUUUUAUUCCUUUCAUCACUUUCUGCACUUCCAUGAAAAAAAAGCUACAACCAAACUUGCUUUGCCUUUAUUAUUUGUAGGCUUUAUAACGGUUGUGGUCAACAACAACAACAAAAAAGGCGCUUUUCGAUUCUUGUCUGCACUCGUGGGCACGCAACAAAUCGCGAGCGGCAGCAAUAGCAGCCACAUUUACAGUGAUACGUUAGAACUGUACCCUAUUGAUACGCCAACGCUUGUAAUACAGCUAAGAUAUUCGCUCACCCUUAGCAAAAGCGUGCCGUGUUAGGAUAGUAGUGAAGACAAAUGCCGGAGUUUCCGCAGCAUGCCCGCCAUGGGUUUUUGUCACUGCCAGCUAAGCGUGCCCAUCUCUGUUUCUGUUCCCUUAAAGUGGUCCAUGGCUACGUUAUUGCCGUAAACUUACCGAUAGUAUCAAUAUUAUUCAUUACUGAUACGGAAGAAACUGUUUCAAUGCGCGUAAUAUACUCGCGAGAAGAAAAAAAAAUUCGCGUACGGAUUGCUCCGCCGGUCGCCAUUUUUGUUUUGGUGUUUCCCGCACUGUGACAGCGGUAGCCGCCUAUUGUCAUCCCACAGCAAACGCGGGAUGAAAAAAAAAAAAUGUUUUCUUUUUGCUAACUCGCGUUAUGAUCGUACCCCUGAGUUUGCGUCAAUUUAUUUGACAAAGAAGUGCAAUCAUUAUGCGAGCAAAUACGGUAGUAUGACAGCGAUGCUGCAGGUGUGCGUGUCCUAACAGUCAUAUUGUGCCCCAUUACAUUUUCAUCAAAAGAAGGCUGUUGGAGGGUCCAUGAAACACGAGAACAUUUAAUCAAUCUGCCCAAUCUGUAGACCAUAGGGUCAUAACUUAAAAACUUGUAAAGCCAUUGUGGUGAGUCUCAAGCAACACGCUGCUCUUAUUGGAAAACAAAGUUUAGAGGGCAUUUGCCUAAAAAAAUACAUUCGUUUGCCUGAGAAUGUCUGGGCAUAAUGUUGCAAGCACAAAACAAAAAGUGCAAUUCUUUUUUCCAAGCAGGAAGGUGGAACUUUUAAUCCACAAUUUCCUGUCAUUUGCUUUGUUCAUGCAAUUUUCAUGCUGAUACACAGUCAGCUCAUGGUAAUUCAAGCCCAUAAAGUUCAAAGUACUGGUUUAUCUAAACAAAUCUUGGACUUUGGCUGGUCUGCUCUCUUUUCAGUUAAUUUUGAGGGUGCUCAGUCAAAGCGGGACUUUCAGUCAAUUCGAACAUUCUUGCUUCCCAUGGACAGAGCGGCAUGACUGGGUACCACUGAUGAAAGUACAUGAAUAAGUCAUGAAUAGUCUAAACAUGCUUCCAUUUGAUAUUCAUGCUGUGUGUUGGCAGCCAUGGUUGCAUGUCCACGGCAAUAGAGUCUGUGUAGCACUUGUAAGUGUUCUGGUCGUAUAUAUGCAUGAACACAAGUAGUUGUGCAUCAUUGUUUCAUCUAACAACUAGUAGUUCUGUUUCAAACUGAAUUUUCUUUGAACUGCCAAAUUUUUUUGCAAGGUCCUCAGUGUAUAAGAGUUUAAAUCAACAUGAGUCAGUUGUAAUUGGUUAAUCUAUCCUGAAUCAUAUUUGUUUUUGAUGAUUACUCAAAGCUGCAGAACAUUACAGCUGGUUUUUUAAACAUAUGUGUUGCUUAUUGUCAUGCCAUUUUUGGGUAAAUCGACUUUUAAUUGCUGUAAUUGUUGAUUGUUUGGAGCAGGAUGUCGAUAAUAUUUGCAAGCAUUUGCUUUCUUUGCAGUCUCUAUCUCAUUCUGAGUUAUUUCAGUUUCUUCUAUGUGUCAAACUUGGGCUUUACUCUAACUGGUUUACCGUAAACCUCACAUAUGGUGAGGCUUUAGAUCCACUGUGAAAUCAGCGGGCACAUUUGCAACAUGCAUGUGAAGAGGCAUAGAACUUUUAGCAAUGCAUUGAGAGACAUGAAACACUUAGUUUUAAUGAAUGUAUAUAGAACGGCUGGAGCAAAACAGUGUUCUCAUUUAAUUUUUAAGAGUGGAUGUUUUUAAUUGUACUGAAUAGCAAACUGCAGCUAUUAGUUGACUUUUUCUUGCUUUAUAUUUAUGACAUGGUCUCAAGAAUCUUCAUGGACCUUUACUCCUUAGCUUUCUUUUUUUUUAAUAGUUAUGAGCAAAUGAGCAGCUGCAUACAUGAAAACCAUUUACCUUUAUCUGUCUUCUUUGAUGUCUGGGAUUGAAUAUCCCUGUUUUAUGAAAUCUUUCUGGGCAUUGCAGUGGCUGCUGUCUAUUUCUAUGCAGCCAAUGCCUAAAUUUUCUAUUAAUUAAUUGACAACAUUGUUUAUCUAUGUGUCCUUUUCUUUUUGUUGUUGGCAUUCUGCUAGUUCCUACUUGUUUUCUUGUGCAAUCAUUAACGCAACCUUCUAUGACUCUAAGACAAAGUGGGCUCUCAUGAUGGUGUUGAGUGAAUCCUGACAUUAGCUCACACAGCCUUUGCAUUAUUUGUGUGUCCUCCUUCCGUGCUGCUUGCAACUUCAGAAAAGACUGUCUUCCUCAGUCUUCCAAGAACCAAAGACGAUGGUACUCUAGCAUUGUGUCUGUUGUUUUUCUCCCUUAGUGCAUUUGUCUGACUGCAUCUUGUAUAUAGUUAGCUGUGUGGCCAUCAAAAUCCUUGUGUCGCUGUUGGGUGUGCCAUCAUGUACAUUUUGUUCCUGUAAAGCUGUACUCAUCCUGUAUUAUUCCUUUUUCCACAAGCGGGUGAUAAUAGUGACGCGGUACUUGGGACACCAGUAUCGCCAGGUAUCGCAAAUCAAAAGGUGACGUUGUAAUCAGUGCAUGAAUUGGAGAAGUCAGAUGCUGCUUCAAUGAGCUGCUCACAGUGGUUCUUCUUGAAUAGACAUAGGUUUAGGUCUGCAGACACUGCCUCACAUGUAAAACUUGAGGAUGCUCACCUCGUGGAUCUGCCUUGGUGUGACUUACUUAGAGACCAGAAAAAUUAGUAUGUGAAUUUGAGAGCAGUUGUUACACUUUGCUGCUGAUGGGUUAAAAUAAUCAGAAUCUUGCUUAGCGAAUAGUCCGUUGCUUUUGCUUAGUGCAGACCAUUGCUUUUGUGAUGAGCCAUUGCGCCAAUGACUUUAAGGUAGCGGAAAGAAAUUGAGAGGACUCUUAUGUCAUUGGAUGAACUUCACUCAUGGAUUCACUUUGAUUGGGCCUUUCCUUGGCACUAGAAACCUGUUUGACAAUGAUUUGUUUGCCAGGCCUCUCUUUGAGGUCACCUUUCAGUGUUACCAUUUCUAAUUUUGUGUCCCUUAACACCAAGUGGUCAUGGAUGCUGCAUUGUCAGAAAAAGUUCGACAUAUUUGCUGUUGUGAAGUUCUUUUCCAUUUGGCAGUGGUUUUGUCGAUCCAAAUUAAAUUGUGUUUUGGGCAGCAUUCGAAAAUCCUGUGCCAUGUUCAAAGAUUGACAGGAUGAACAUACAUUUGCAAUGUGUUUGCAGUAUGUCUUUAUCAGCUUUCGGGCAUAUUAGACUUUUUCUUUACAAUGGUCUUUCAAGGUGCAUAUUGCAGACAAGAGAGCAUUGAAGCCAGUGAUUUAUGUCACCUUAUAAGUAAUAGCAAGAUCAAAUUGUUCACACAAUGUGUGUGGCUAUACUCGUGGACAACUUUCUGUGGCUUUGAAAGGAAAGCUACAGAGGCAAAUCACGCACAAGUGAGAGUGCUUCUGAAGAGAGUCCUGCGUUCUCAUUCACGUUAGUUUAAGCUGGAGAGAAGGAAAUAUAAACGCCGUAUUAGCAACAAUUAAAUAAACCACACCACUGAAUGUAAAAGUUUACUUAUUUUGCUGCUUUUCCAUUCCGUGUCUGAGCAAACGCAAAACUGUCGCACACGGAAGCUGCAUUGAUUCAUCAUCUGUUUCGAGCAACCAAAAGUGUUGUCAAACUCUGCCGGUCUAUUCGGGACAGUAACAUGUGUGCUGCAGCCACGCUUUCCCUUCAUAGCCACAGAAAGUUGUCCGCAGGUAUAGUUGGGGGAAGCAAAAGAAACUAAAUGACAGAAAAAUCCAGUUGACACAAUAAGGGGUAUUUCAUUCUGCCUAUGGCAUUUGCACUACAGAUAUGUUCUGUUGUGAGUUAGUGACAUGUUGGGUGGCAUUUUAAUCUGUAUGAAAUACAGUCAAACCUUAAUGUAAUGAAGUUGCAGUUGAAACAAGCUUUCAAAAUUCAGAACAAGAGCAUGUGCAAAAAUAGGCGCUGGCUUGUUGCAACCGCAAGUAAUAUAUUGCUGUGCAAAUUUUGUGAAAGCUCAUGGAUUGUGUCGGCACUCGAAAGACUUGUUUUUGUUAGUCAUUUGAGUUAUCUGUUCGGAAUGCUGCAUUUGUGAAUUACACUUGCAAAUUUUUAGCUCUUUACUGGUAGCUUGCUUAUUUCUAGCUGUGAACAAACAAACAUUUGCUUAAUAUAACCAAUCACCCUCAAACUGUGCUCUGCAUUUUUACUCUUAUCUUAGCACAACCAAAUAUUUUAAAAAAGAAUGGUACUUCAAGAAAGCCAUGAAGCAUAAAAUAAAGCAUUGCCAAACAAAUUUUACAUUUAAUUUAAAUCAACAAUUCAUUAUAUCAAGGUUCAACUGUAAUAUGGGGUUCUUGUUUCGACUGGUGGCCUCCUUAAAGCACUUCGUUGUCCUCUACCUGUCCUGUGCAGAAUGUGCAAAAGGAUUUGUGCCGAUUAUGUUUUAAGGGCAGCUGCUUUUUGACACUUAAGUGGUGGUUGCUGGCAUUCCUGCUUUGGUGUUGCGGCCCAUUCACACUGUAAUGUUGCGUGUGACUGGAGCUGAGGUACUUGAGACUAUGUUAAGCUCAUUUUCAUCAGCACGGAGGUUGGUGUCUAGCGUGUUUGUUUGUGGUUUGUGCUGAAACUGUUGCAGACUCCGUGUGCUUUCAUGUAAAUAAUUCCUGGUUGACCUGUCUGUGUGAAAAGCGUUUUGAAGCGAGCACUUAUUUAUUUAGAACCACAUAUGUUGAGGCUUCAUGCGAGCCUCUCAACCAUGUUUGUCACCCUUGUACAACUUGGCACAGUGAUGAGGUUUUGAGAAGCUGUUGCUCAAAGGGCCAAACGAAUUGCGUAGGCCGUUAUUUGUAAAAGACUUUGGAAAUUGUUGAUAAGAGAAAUCAUAAUGCUAGUUAUGUAAUAGCAUGUGGGAUUUCCCAAAGCUUUUAGAAUGCAGAAGUUAUUGUGAGUGAUAAUGGUUCUGUCGUGUUACAAAGUGAAGAGCUUAAUUGCAUUUGCAUUUCGUGUACAUUGAAGUGUUUCAGAGGAAUUGCUCGCCGUGAGAACACAAAUAGCAUCUUGCUUGUGGCCAUGUGACAUAAUGAUCUCAGUAGCAGUGCAAGAUUGAUUGACUGCUAAAAGGUAUUUGUAUAGUUGUUGAAAAUGAUGAACCAUUGCCAAUGUAUGCAUAGUGGAGAAGUUUUUUGCCAUGACUAAUACAGUUUUUCAUACUCUUUAUACACCUGUAACUAGACAUUACAUAAAAUUUGAAGCUAGUAGAUGAGUUAUUGCUCCUUGGUGAACUUUGUCAAUAAAAAAACAUUCCAUAGCCUUAAGAGCAAGCUUUACUUAAGGCCCUGUAUAUUAAAAGUGCAUGUGAAAUGCUGAAGUGAUGCUUCGGGCUUAGCCAGUACGGAUGAAAUUUGUGGCAUUCGAGAUGAAAAUUGACUGUUCAGUGACCCAACCUUAUCUUUAAUUAAAAGAAAGAAAGGUGCAAAUUGUUGAGUUAAAAGAAAUAUAAACAGCAAAUUUAUAACUCUUGCAUUUGCAACAAAGAUUGCAGUUCUCUAAGCAGCAACUGAUGGAGCAAACACACGCUAUCCGGUGUAGGCAAAAGUGGUAUUGCAGGCAUCAAUGGAAUAAUUGUACCACUGUUCUGGGUAGGGUUAUUGCAAGACUCUCGUAAAUAAACUAAAAUUACCUUAUAAGCAGCUGGCUAGCACUUAGAUUUUGAUGGGUGCUUUUGUUACAGUUAGAGCUCUAGCAUACUUUUUCUUAAAAUUUCGUUACCUUCGAGGGUCCGAAUAAGCUGAUUUGCAAGCAUGUAUCACUGUAAUUUACUUCUCUUAAUUGUGGUAGAUUUUAUUCAUAUUUGUUGGAAGUUUUGCUUUAUGAGUGCAUUUUUAUCUCUAAUAAAUGCUUAAACAAAGAAAGCUUCAGGAGACCUUUUUUUCUUUUUUUUUUAAGACGUGCUUACCUGUCUGAGGUAAAUCCAGCAGGUCAAUAUAUCUAGUGCAUCUCAAUUUGGGCUGCUCACAAAACCAUUUUGUGUCGCUUUGAAAGGACUUCUGUAAAUUCUUGCAUCCCAGUAACAAACCUAGUGCCAUUAUACAUAAUAAUCUGUUAACUUGACAGAAGUCUGUCGCUGAAUGGCUUUAAUGUACUUUCAUAUUUCGUUUUAGUGUGUGUGUGUGUUAUGAUGGCAGAAAGGUGUAAAGUGUUGCUUUUGUUCACUGCCAGUUUGUAAGGAAAGCACCUUGUAUAAAUAAAAAAAAGAAGUACUUUAUUUUGAACCCAAGACUCGGCACAAUUUCGUCAUGAGUAAAUAGCGAAAAUGAUGAGAAUGAUUGACAGCAUCAGCGCUAUCGAUGCGUUUCGUUGGGCGGCGUGGGCUUUGUUUUUCUCGUAGUUUCGGUUUCGUGCGCCGGGGAUUUUCAAGUAGGUAAGGUUAAUUACAAUUUACAAAUGCAUCAUUCCCAAUUUAAAAACAAAAUAAACCAUGUGUUUGUGCCUGGGCAGGUUUUCUUGCAUUGGGACAGACUAUCGUGUAGUCGGUUGCGUCGUAUAUCUGUUGCCAGUUAUCAAUAACAUCGUUUUAAAUCGUAAGUUGGCAGGUGGCGCGUCGGUUACAGUCGUGGUUCACUUGGUUUACUAACGUGCGCGCGUGGUUAUUGAAAGUGCUCGUGUGCACCUUCGUGUAUUCGAGACUUGGCUGGCUUGGUGAUGUCCCGACGAAUUGCACUCUCGGACGCCCAGCUUGAACGACGGCUCGUAGCUGUGCGGAGCACGCGGGGAGCGGAGCGCAGCUGCGUGUGCAAUCGGCCCGUCGCCUACGUGACGUGUCAGACCUGCGGCACCACCGUUAUGAGCAGAGUGCAGAAGGCGUGCGUCGAACAUCCUGCGGUCAUACACUUGAUGGACAUGGAAAAGUGCCCCAAGUGCUUCUCGAGCAGCCUCAUCGAAAAGUAUCCAAGCGGCAGCGCGCGUCAGAACUAAGAUCAGAGAGACGCCAAGUCCUCGGUGUUGUCCAACGCGCGCCUCUCAAGCUUAGUGCUGCGGUCCUGUUGUGGUUAUCUCCUGUUCAUUAUUUACCUCCGCUGUUUACUUGCGUACCUGACAGCUUGACCAAGGCUCGUCAUUUUGGACAUGUUGCUUUUCUUAUGAAUAACACGACUCUCCCCGCGCUCGACGUCCGUCCGGAGAGUGGUUCUUAGUUUAACAGUGGCUCUUUUAGUUUCAUUUGUUCCCGUGCGUCCCGGCACACGUGAAUGGAAAUAAACGGGAGUUGAAGGAAUGGCGGCGAAGAGCA